ACAAUCAAUAGCAGUCGGUUGAAAUAUAAACAGCUUUGCUCUAAUCAAGCUGCCAGUGUGUUUUGAUCUUUCUGACAGUACAAACAGUAUAUCAUCUUGUUCGUUAACUUGCCGGCUGUAAUAAGAUACAUUGUUGUAUCUGUGUAGAGAAAAUGCCUUGCUUGGAUUUGGCUUAUUGUGAAAUGGAACUGAUAAAAAAUGUAUUUGAUGGCAAAAUUCCACAAAUUCCUAUGGUAGCACAGUUGAGAAAUGGACGGUCAAUAAUUGUGAACUACAUGACGGAAAACCAAAUAUCCGAAACCUACUGUAUGAUUCAAGAAGCAGCUCAAUGUGGCGAAGGCUAUGGAAUAGAUGAAUUCGAAUCGGAAGACGAGUUCCGAAUGGAAAUUAAAGACAGUGACUGUUUUGCAAUCACAUGUAAAGAAUCGGGACUCCUUUUGGCUGGAUUUAUUAUUGCAGUUAGCAAAUUUUAUAGAGGACACGGUGCUAUGGCGGACCCAUUUGUAAUUGUCAAGCGAACCGAAAGGAAACAAUAUCUUGGAGAAUUCGCUCUGAGUACAGCUGUCAAAUUCGCAACUUGUCUUGGAUAUAUUGGGAUGUACAUCGACACGUUUUCAAGUAACAAGGGCAUGCUAAGGAUCAUUGAAAAGGUCGAGGGAUUCCAGAAGGUCGGCAUUCUACCGGUUGGCGGGAAAUUACAAAAUGGACAGAUAGUGAGUUCUAUAAUAUUUAUAAAGUACCUGAAACCAAUUGAAGGAAGCUGAUGAAUUGGAACAUUUUCAAGGACUUCAUCCCACGAAGUUUGAAAAAUCUAAAGUCUUCAGACAUUAUCUGGCGUGAAACAAAUGACAUGAUUAAAACGGCUAAUGCGAUAAAACCAAGUACAUGCAACUGUUGUAUGAUGUAACUAUUAGAUACUGGACAAUUCAAUUGUUACUAUUAUUGUUUUAUCCUGUAGCCCAUUGCCAGACAUGUGAGCGAACUAUAAUAUAACAGAAGUCGGCAAAACAGAUCAUGUUUGAUUAAACUCUCUGUAAGAUCAUUAAACUUUAAUGACGUAGUAGGUCAUUGUCAUCGGGAUCAAACCACACGAUUUAAACCACCGGAUGUUGUGUUCCUUUAUUUAUAAAUGGCCAUAUUGAUAUUUUAUUUGAUAAUUCCAACGAUCUCAAUUAAUUGUUCCAUCAAAAUAAAUUUUAUAUAUGAA